AUGGAUCCUGAAACUGGGUUUCAUCAGAAUCAUGUUAAGAAAGAAUCUUGGAGAACAGUUUUGACAUUAGCUUAUCAGAGUUUGGGUGUUGUAUAUGGGGAUUUGAGUACAUCACCAUUAUAUGUAUACACGAGUACUUUUGCUGAUGACAUUGAACAUUCUGAGACUAAUGAAGAAAUCUAUGGGGUCUUAUCCUUUGUAUUUUGGACAUUAACAAUAGUUCCUCUUCUAAAGUAUGUGUUCAUUGUGCUAAAGGCUGAUGAUAAUGGUGAAGGAGGCACAUUUGCACUUUAUUCACUUCUAUGUAGACAUGCCAGAGUGAAUUCUUUGUCCAGUAGCCAGGUUGUAGAUGAAGAUUUGUCAAUGUACAAGAAGGAUAUUAUUAGUCCUGCACCUUCUACUUUUAGUGCAAGGCUAAAAUCUAUUCUGGAAAAACAUAGAGUUCUGCAAAAUUUUUUGCUAUUAUUGGCUCUAACUGGCGCUUGUAUGGUCAUUGGUGAUGGCAUACUUAGUCCUGCAAUUUCGGUUUUCUCUGCAGUUUCUGGAAUCGAACUAGCAAUGUCGAAAGGGCAUCAACAGUGUUCAGAAGCAAUGUUUGCUGAUUUAGGACACUUUUCCCAAUUGUCAAUUAAGAUAGCCUUCACUUCUAUUGUCUAUCCGUCUUUGAUCCUUGCAUAUAUGGGGCAGGCUGCUUACCUUUCCCAGAACCAUGUUGUCGAUAAUGAUUAUCGUAUUGGAUUUUAUGUUUCAGUACCUGAGAAAUUAAGAUGGCCGGUUCUGGUGCUUGCCAUACUUGCUGCGGUAGUUGGAAGCCAAGCCAUUAUUACCGGAACUUUUUCUAUUAUAAAACAAUGCUCUGCUCUGGGGUGCUUUCCUGGAGUCAAAAUAGUACACACGUCGUCAAAAACCCAUGGCCAAAUUUACAUACCUGAGAUCAACUGGAUUUUGAUGCUUUUAUGUUUGGCCGUCACUAUUGGUUUCAGAGACACCAAAAGCAUGGGAAAUGCCUCAGGUUUGGCAGUUAUUACCGUUAUGUUGGUCACGACUUGCUUAAUGUCUCUAGUUAUUGUUUUAUGCUGGCACCAGAGUGCCGUCCUUGCAAUUUGCUUCAUCUUAUUUUUUGGGACGUUUGAAGCACUAUAUUUCUCUGCUUCUCUAAUCAAGUUUUUGGAAGGAGCUUGGGUACCAAUUGCCCUUUCAUUCUUCUUCAUGUCAGUGAUGUGUGUUUGGCACUAUGGUACAUUGAGACAGUACGAGUUCAAUCUCCAAAAUACGGUUUCUGUUGACCAGCUACUUAGCCUUGGUCCCGGUUUGGGCAUAGUACGGGUUGGUGGCAUUGGCCUCAUUUACACAGACCUCGUAUCUGGUAUACCGUCAAUUUUCUCCCACUUUGUCACCAAUAUUCCAGCCUUCCACCAGGUUCUCGUCCUUCUCUGUGUUAAAACAGUUUCAAUCCCUCACGUUAAACAUGAAGAACGGUUCCUCGUGGGACAUAUUGGUCCGAGGGAGUAUCGCAUAUACAGAUGCAUCGUUCGAUAUGGUUAUCGUGAUGCUCACGCGGAUGAUGUGAAGUUUCAAAAUGAUCUUGUAUGCAGUAUAGCCGAGUAUAUACGCACAGGAAGAGAAGGUUUAGACGGUGCUGGUGAAGAUUCUGCUAAGCAACACGAGGAAAUGAUGGUGGUGGGAACUCCUUCGACCCAUCAAGACGGUAAUCAAGUCUGUGAGGAUAAUGAUGUGGCAAAUACCGAAUUGGCUAGCACUUCGGAGCUUAGAGAAAUACGGUCUCCACCCGUGAUCAGGCCGUGGAAAAGGGUGCGGUUUGUCAUUCCCAAGAGCCCGGAGAUCGACCGAAAUGUUCGGGAUGAGUUGCGAGUACUGAUGGAAGCUAGGGAAGCAGGUGUGGCGUACAUAAUGGGGCACUCAUAUGUGAGGGCAAAGCAAGGAUCAAGUAUAAUGAAGAAGAUAGUUAUAAAUUUUGGAUAUGCAUUUUUGAGAAGAAAUUGUAGAACAAACACAUGUGCACUAAAUGUGCCUCCAGCAUCAACAUUAGAGGUGGGAAUGGUGUGUCAUUUAUGA